AUGCAUCGGCUACCAGUGCCUACGCUGUCACAGAUACCAUCCCUGUCUGGUAGCAGCGGGUCAGAUUCGAUACCCCCUUCCGGCUUAUGCACUCCCAGCGAUGAUGAUACGAGGCCGACAAGUACCAAGGAUAUCUUCUCGCAGGCAUUCUCCGCGAGUAUGGAGGACCUCUUCGCGACCCCUCGGCAGAAGUACGGACCAGAGUUGGUCGACGAAGUUGCAGCCGUAGCUGUCAGCUCUCCCGUGCGUCGACGGAGACAAUCCAAUUGUGCGGAUCCUAAAGCAACGCAUCCCGACAGCCCAGAACGCUAUGAUACCUCAUCGCACGACGACACACUGGACAAUACUGAGCUCGAGACGUCGUCAGAGUAUCUGCUGGCGAGCCUCCACGCACAAGAGCCGAAGUUGCUCGCGCUCGGCACAGAACCCUGGACGCCGAAGCGGGUGCUCACCAUAGCAACAAAGGUUCUCUUUUUCCUGCCCUGGUGCAUCGCCGUGGGCGGGGCAAUCCUCCUCUCACCUCAGCAUCUGAACCUGGUCGCUUUCAAAACCGGCUAUGUCUCGCACGAGCGAGGCCCGCAUCGAUUCGGAUACUGGGCCGAGUGCGCGCACCAGCACGUCGUCAUCUUUCUCGCCGUCCUCGCCGUCGGUGCUUGGUGGAACCUACGCUACGGGACGUGGGUCGUUGCCGCCAUGCUCGCACGCUGCGUCUACGUGUGGCAUGACUUCCAUGUGGACCUUACCGUGCCGCUCGGAGAAGACGACAGACAAAGUCUAUAUCUGGCGUUGACGAAGGUGUAUUUGCGGGACAACUUCGUGAUGCGUGUACCUACGAAGGGAGUCGAGAGUGCUUCUCGUUUGUCUUGA